UUCAACUGUCCCUGAUAUUUUGAAGGAAUACAAACUUUUAUUUCAAGCUUUGUAAGAGUUAGAUCGGCAAAACUUAGAGAAAAGGACGUGUUAUUAUAACAUAUUGUUUAUGUUUUUUAUUGUGAUAUUAUUUUAUAUUUCGCUGGAAGCCUAUACUUUUGAAAGGAAUUUUCACCUGUGUUGAAAGUUUGUAAAGAGUUGCCGUUACUUUCGAGUGUUUGUUUAUUUUUAUAAUUUUUAAUAUUUGUGUCACCACACAGUAAAAUCUAUAUAAUUUGGAGUGUUAGUUUCGCUUUUUGGUGCAGUGUUAGUAUUUACUUGUGUGUUAACAAGUGAUCUUUACUUUACUUGUAAAGACAAUUAAACUGUUUAAAUCAUGCCAAAUUUUGACUCAAAUUUCCUUACAGUGGGAUUUAAACCAGUUAAAAUGGCACAGAUGUGUGUUAUAUGGUGAGUCAAAAUGUAGGUUAUAAUGCCAGAACGAUGCCAAUGAAAGUGACAGUGUGUUUUGACAAAGUGAAAGUUCUCGUUCCUUGCGGAGAUGGGGAGUUACUUGUCCGAGAAUUGAUAGAAAAGGCGAUUAUACGAUACAAAAAGGCGCAAGGAAAGUCAUCAGAUUACUGGGUGAGCGUGCACACGCUGCGGACAGUCAAUGAAGACUCUAUUCUUGAUCCAGAUGACACGCUCUGCGAUGUUGUCGACGACCGAGAACAGCUGGUUGCAGACUUCGAGGAACAAGGAGGUCCGCGGAGUCAUCACAAUGGUGGAGAUGGACAGAGUGUAAGCUCAGCGGGAACUGCAAGCCCGGAGAUCUUCUCUGCUGAUUCUUUGGGCAAUAAACUCUCAGCGGGAACUGCGAGCCCGGAGAUUUUUGUGGGCACAAAACAUGUGCACCAGCGUGGGCUUUCACUCGACAGCAACCAUGACGUUAUUGUCACUGAUAUUGAUAUCAACACAGGUUCGGGCUUGACAGUACGACGUGGGAGCGAGCCAUCGUUACACGUGCUUGAUGACGCUGACAACAAUGCUUGCCGUGCUAGACCGCCUUCUAGCAAGAGCACGGGAAACUUGCUUCAGAAAAAUAAGGAUGAGGGUAUAUCUGGAAAGGACGAAGGACACCGUCCUGUUAUCAAAGGUCAAGGUCAGAGAGAAAGAGAGAAAACACCGCCUUUUACAAGAUUUGCUCGUGACUCAUGGCGUCAGUCCCUAGGCAACCAACCGAAUAUGUUCCGAUGGUUGGAGGCCCAGGAAAGACAGGAAGACAGAAUAAAACAGACUGAGCGUCAAGGUCCUAUUGGCAGUGCCACCAGUCCAGAACAUGACAGCGCUAAACUCUCAACUCCGGCUGGUCCGGUGAAAAAGGAGGUUGGUAUACUGAUAUGUCUGGACAAUAAUGGAACGCCUCUCGGAAUACAUGUGGUGCCGGAUUUCAACGAGGCAGGCAGAGAGAGUGGUUUAAUGGUCCAGGGUAUCGAAACAGGCGGAAGAAUUGAACAAGAUGGCCGCCUCAAAGUUCACGAUCGAAUUAUUGAAAUUAACGGACAUGAUCUACAUGAUGUCACCUUCUCUAAAGCUCAAGAGAUAUUUCGCAAUGCAAUGAAGACAGAGGAAGUGAAAUUAAAAGUGGUCAAACAUGCCGUUCCACCAAUGCCUAAAAAGCUUCCCCCUGCAGUCUUACCCAAGCCUCGGGGUCAUUCCCCCACAAAACCCAGCCCCCUAACUCUCGCCCCUCCAUCUUAUGACUUGUCAUCACCUGAUGCCAGUCCUGCAGAUACUAGCACCCCAUUGGACAAAAAUUGGGAGCAGACUUCUCACAGCCAAUCAAAAUCAUUGGUGUCUUCCAGUGCUAAAAAUAGUGAACCAAUGAAAACAAGUUUUCCUUUGAAAGCCCUCUCCCCAGUGGGUAAUGGGGGUAAGAGGCCCCCGCCCCCUGCUCCACCCAUGAGGCACCCCUCAACAACCUUGACCUCGGGUGGAGAUAAUGGGGAAAGUUUUAGUGAAAAUGGUGUUGAUGGCUCAGGUCCAAACCAAUCAAAUUCUGAUGGAUUAAAAAAUGGUGGAUUAAAAUCAAACGGUGAACCAAGUUCAGAAAAUAAAGUGAAAAGUGUGACUCCUACAGUAACUCCAACAGGAACUUUGACUAAAAAUCGUGAAAAAAUCAUUGCUCCAACGAAUACAAAGAAAAUUGGUAAAAAGAUUCUCAUAGAGUUAGUGAAAGCAAAAGAAGGGUUAGGAUUUAGUGUAACCACACGAGACAAUCCGACAGGGGGGCCAUCGCCAAUCUAUAUUAAGAAUAUUUUACCCAAGGGUGCAGCUGUUUCGGACGGGAGGCUCAAAGCAGGAGACAGACUACUUGAGGUUAACCAUGUUGAAAUGACAGGCAAGAACCAAGGUGAAGCAGUGUCAUUAUUACGUAACACCUUGCUUGGCAGUACGGUAGAGAUCGUUGUUUCACGUCAGGAGGACGAGGACGAUGAGGAACAGGAAGAGGAACAAGACGAACGGUUCAAGAUGCCGCGACCUCUGCACGACUCUAACCUCAGUGACCUUGACCAACAUUUGCAUGACCUUGACCUUCAGUCUCAUCACGAUGGUGAUGACCUUUUCCAGCCUCCAGAAAAAAGUGGCAACGAAGACACCGAAGCAGUUGCAAAAAAUAAGGAGCUGCUUGAAUUCAACAUCCCGCUUAAUGAUACGGGCUCUGCAGGGCUGGGUGUCAGCGUGAAGGGGAAGACGUUAACGACGGAGGAAGGGACGCGUGAUCUUGGCAUCUUUGUAAAGGCUGUUAUAAAUGGAGGAGCUGCCUCCAAGGAUGGCCGUCUGCAGGUCAACGACCAGCUACUUCAAGUCAAUGCCUUUCCUCUUUUGGAUCGUUCCAACACAGAAGCUAUGGAUCUUCUUAGAAACGCCAUGCAGCUCGAUGGGGCUAUCCCAGGGACCAUCAAUAUCCGGGUUGCUAGGAGGGUGGGGGCUCCCUCCCCUUCCCCCUUUACGUCUCCUGGAGGCGAAGAAGUGGAAUGGGGGGUUUCCUCUGGGAAAGAAUUGAAUAACAAUGAUUCAUUGGACAAUGGUGAUCAUGUGACUGAUUUUGGGAGGAGAUCUCCAAGUAAAGCAGCCAAUGGGGACUUAUUUAGCAAUUUUAAAACACCCAAUCAUUUUCUGGAUAGGGUAAUGCAGGGAAAUGGCUUACGGAAUGAAUCGUACACAAGAGCUACGCAUGACAGCUAUGUGGAAGAACCGGAACCAGUGGUGAAAAGAAAUUUGAUUGAUUUAUCCAAACAGCGUCCCCGCCCGCAUUCGACGUUGGGUAUCGAACGUAGUUCUCCAACAAGUUCCGCUAGUUCAGAGGAAGGGAAUCCCGAACCUGCAUGGCUAAAGGGGCCGGACUGGACUCGACAUCCCUCACAGACCUCGGACGACAGCGGACUUACACCAGUUGCGGAUGGGUUUUCCCGAGAUGGAUUCGGUCGACAGAGUAUGUCGGAAAAGCGAAAAGGUCACAUGGACCCUCGAAGUUCAGAGAUUUACCAGAAAGUGCGCGGCCUUAAGGAUUUAAAUAAAGGGCUUAAAGGGCUGCAUCAGAAAGGAGCAUCAUUUGAUGCGGGCCUUCAAAGCUCCAUUCAGAAGUCUGGGAGUUACCGACGUCUAGUGCGCGCGGGUUCUGUCGAAUCACUUCUCAGCCGAUCCAACAGCAAUAUUAACACCCCCCGCCAUGCUGUGCAUGAAAAGUUUGCGUCUUCAAACAUAAGGGGACCAGGACCACCCUCGAACCUUAAAAGAUUUAGCUCCCUUGAAAACCUGUCCACAAUGCCUGCGGAAAAUGAUGCCAGCAUUAGCGCAAGCUUUGAAGAUGAAGACGAUGAUGAUACAAAUGCGCUUCCACGUAUGGCACGACGUCGCGGAGGGAACGAAAGUUUUCGUGCAGCGGUCGAUCGCUCGUAUGAUCCAGUUCCGAGGUUGGACAUGGAUCCAGCAGAAAGUACGGAAGAUACUGGUUCGUCACGUCAUUUACGGCGAACUCGUUCGGUUGAGGAGGAGGGUAGUGAUGGGGCGGACCCUAUUGUGCCCACUGGAAGGUCAGAGGUAGCUGAGGAAGGCGAGGGGAAAAAGAAGGGCAAGAAAAAUAAGGACAACCGAAAAUCAGGGGGACUGCUGAAAGGAUUUUUCAAGUUUGGGGGUCACAAGGGCAGAAAGACUCCGGUAGAGGAGGUGAACAAAGGACCACGUCAAGAGACUCCUCGACCCCCAGAGCCCCACAACAUGGGUCACUCAGCCCCUGUGAUUAUGGGGCGCAACCGCAUGGAGGGGGAGUCACAUGACCACUUCAGACAUGUGGAGGCGGAGCAAGAGAAAUGGAGGCAGGCGCAGAUGGAGCAUGACAGAGCUCAAGACCAGUAUCGCCGCCUUCAAGAUGUUGGGCGCCAGGCGUACAGCCCAUUCCCAUAUAACAUGCCUCCCCCUGAAUCGCACAACAUGGGCUUAUCAGCACCUGUCACAUCAGAUCUUCACAGAGAUGAUACACCACUUUCCCGUGCGGAGAAGAUUCAACAGCUACGUGCAGAUCACCAACGUCGACACAUGGAACGACACGGGCAAUAUCCGCACGAGGAUCAAGAGGAGGAAUAUGAAAGAAUCAUUCAGGAACAAGAAAAACAGCCUGCGUCAACACGGUCACAAUCUAGUGACGAAUAUUUCUUUUACCAGAAAUUUGGGCACAGUGCAAUUCCCAGUCAAAACGAGCCCCCCGGUCAGAGGUCCCGACCUUCAAGUAGGAACCAGGCGGAAAGACCAAAUAGCCGAUUGGGCAGUGCUGAAACCAAUCAUCAUGGAAACUAUCAGGAAUACCGUGACCUUGGGGGUCAAUCUUCAGCGAGACAUGUUAGUGACUCAAAUGUUGCUAAAUAUAGCAACUUUUAUCGACCCCCUUCACGAGGAACGAGUACAUCAUCUAUGGACCCAAACUUGUAUCAUCAUCCACCACCAAACAAUCAGUUUUAUGCAAAUAAUUUUGGGAGCAAUAGAGGUCCAACCCCUUCUUAUGACAGACCCCCUCCCCCUCAACCCCAGGGGCCACAAAGGGGACCAACCCCUGUUCAUGAUCCUGAUCAUAGAACAGCGCACUUUCGAAACAAUGCAGGAAAUUAUCAAGUGAUUCAACGAGGAACACCUACAAACUUCAGUUCUGGCGAUCGUCAGAAUUAUUCUGAGGAUUCGGACAUGAGGCACGGCAACGGAAAUGUGGUUCAUUCAAAUAAUUACGCUCAUAGACACGAAGCGAGGGUGCACCCUAUGGCCCCUGGUAACUUCAGCAACGCAGGGAUGGCUUACAGGGAACCUGUGUUUACAUCAGUUGCCGGGAAACGGCCGGUGAAAUCAUUGACUCAACAGCCGAACUCUGCCAAGGUCUGACUAUAGACCACAGUGUUAGGUCCAAUCUUUACAUUUGCCAAUCCUUGCUUAUCUCAGUUUAAGAUAUCAUCGGUACUCAUUUAUGCCCCGGACCAGCACUGAAUUAAUCUAUGCACUAGUACUUGAUUAUGCUCUGCACCAGUUCUCAAUUACGCUCAUCACCAGGCCUCAAUAUCACGAAAAUACUUAAGUCAAAUUUCAAUCUCAAUCUGAACUCAAUUUUUACAUAAAAGCAUCGUAUGAUUCAAAAUGUUACAUAUUUUUUAAAAAUAUUCUCAUUGAAUGUGUUGAUAAAAAUAUUUUUUCAAUUAUUCAAAGAAAACUAAUUCAAGAGCAAAAACUGUACUUGAGUAAUUGUUGAAAAACAAUGAACUGUACUUAAAUACAUUUUUGGCUGAAGAAAUUUUUUCCCUUCGAAUCCUGACCAAAGGUUUUAAUCAACAUAUUCUAUGAUAGAAUUAUGCGCUUUUAAAAAGUGUAAAAAGUUUUUUUUACUAAAAACAUAAUUAUUUUUAACAAUUUUUGAUGUUAUCUGGUAAGAUGAGUUAAGACCAAGGUUGAGAUUAGUCUUAAGUAUUUUCGUGAUUAGGGCCGGGACUCAAUUUUGCCAUGCACAACAACUCGAUUAUACUCUGCAUGGGUACUUAAUUGCCCUCUACAUCAGUUCUUGAUUACCCUCUGCUGUGCACUUUUUCGUGUACCCUUGGAAAUUUAAUGGAUUUUUUUUUGUUUUCUCCACAGCCAAUUGAUUUAGCAAUAAAUGUUUUUGAAUUAUUUUAUUUUGAAUUGAACAGUGUUUCAGGAGCAUUCAAUUUUAGAUUAUUGAACUAAGCGAGUGUCUACAAUUGUGCUUACAAAUUUGCACGAUGCGCUAUGCAGUGCAUGAUUUAACAGUGCUGACCAUAAUUUCCAUAUUGGUUGUAACUGGUCAACACAAAGCAACAGGGACAUAGCUCGGUAUAGAAAUACAUGGAGUUCAGGGAUGUGAUUUGGCAGAUUUCUGCAGAUCUAAUAAGUCAAAGGAUCAAAAAAAAUAUUAAAUAAAUAUGUUUAUUUAAAAACAAAGUUAACUGGAUGCUUUUGGAUGAUCCUGUAGUUGUUUCUAGUAUCGACACUGUAGUCUGCUUCAAAUUUAGAAUCAGGAAGUCCCUGAACAGUGCUUCUCAAAAGUGUACGUUUUUCUUUUGCGGCAAGGUGCUCCACCCGCUUUGACCCCAUUAGAUGCCUAAAGGGUCCCCAAAAUACAACGUCGAAAUGGUUUAAGCUCUUAAGCUGCCAGGUAAAUCACAUCCCUGGAGUUACGCCAUCUAAAAAAAACCAAUAUUUAUCUUUGAUUUUUGAUAUUGUACUCUUUGAUAAAUACUAUGCAAAUAAUCAGAAAAGUAUUUGGAUAUUAGAUAAGAAACAUGGGUUAAUUUCUUUAACUGUCUUUAAUAUAAAGGCCAUAAGCUGCACUCUCGAAGAUUUACCAUUUUGACACUUUUUUAUUUUUGUCUUGGAAUUGGCCAAUUGUUUUGUCUGAGAUCCAAUGAUAUAAGACUGCUGACAAAAGAUCAGAUCACAGUUUUCAUAUUUACAUUCGAAAAUCUAUGUUUUAUGGCUAAAAACGUUACUAAGAAUAAUGAAGUUUUCGACAUAAAACAUCAUUUUUUUAAUGUAAAUUAGAAAAGUGCCAUCUGAUCUUUUGUCAGCAGUCUUUUAUUAACGGUGUUCAGACAUUCACGCAAAAAUUAGUGUAUUCCAAGACAAAGAAAAAGAAAGAGUGCAGCUUCAAAAUUAAAAAAAUUAAAAUAUAUAUUUAUCUCAACAACUUAGGUUUAGAUAUAAGGUGAUUAUUUUUUAACUAAUAUUGCUAAUCAGCGCGAUACUCUUCAAAAUAAAAGAAAUUUCAAAGAAACGAAAAAGGUUGGAUAACCUGAAUCUCGUUUUUAAUGAGAUAAGCAGCAAUAUCGAUCUUAAGGUCGUUUGAGAAAUUGACCUAUAAAUUAAAGUAUUAAACUGAUAAAACUUUUUUUAUAGAAAGUGUACUUCUAGUAUUCUGUAAUAUUUUUUUUGUAUAAAUUUGUUCGUGUAAAAAAAAUCAGUAUGUACAAAUGUAUGUGAAAUAUUUGAACUUAAGUUUUUCUAGUUAUGAAGUCAGAAUUCAAUGGUAGUCUUAAUUGGAUCUUAUUAUGAGGUAGCUAAUCGGAUUACUUGUAUAAAUAAUGGACACAUACUGUACCAAUUAAUAAAGUCAAUGGUAUAGAAUAAUCAGAUUGACUUAAAGGGGCUAUACUCCGUAUGAUGAAAUAGCGAAAAAAAAGAGAAGAAAAUUGUCGAAAACUGACAUAAACUUGGUAUCGAUGUGUACAAUGCAUUGAAACUAAUACUAACUGAAGUACCACAUAGUUUACAAAUAAUUUAUUUUUCGCAGUUUUUUUCGUAUUUUUCCAUUAAAAAAGAUUACUACCGGGUAGGUUUGUCUACCUAGUAGAAUUCAUUCCUUAUACCUGAUUGGCUAGUCGAUGUUAUCACAUUUUGGUGUUUUUUUACAAUUAUGAUAUCAAAGAGUAAAACAUUUUAUUAAAUAAUUGUCCUGAGAUUCCUUACAGAAAAAACUUUUUGGUACCAAUCUGGUGUAUAUAACCAAAAUAACAUGUCAAACAUAUUCAAAAGAAUCAUAUUGUCACACAUCCAUGUCCACUGAUUGAAUCUUUGCCAAACUUGGUCACAUUGUUUAUGGGCAUAAUAAUUGGGCUACGUUAUUCACUUCAAAUAAUGGCCCUUGAAUUUUUAUAUAUUGAAAAAGAGGGUGCUUCAAGCAAGUGACAUAUACAAUUCCCGAAAUUCUAUCAAAUAGUUAUGUGUGUGACUCCGAUUUCUUAUUUCAUUAUAUCUUCUACGACAAUGUGCAAUAGAUGUUGUGUUAUUAUUGUUUUGAAAUAAGAGUGUUUAUUCUAUGAACAUAUCAUUAUAUGGUUGUCAUCAUUACUGUUUGCCUUUAUGCAUAAUGUGAUUGCUUAUACUUGUGUUUACGUCACUUUUACUUAAGGCGUCCAAUUUACAAAAGAUUUUCGAUUUAUCGUGUCAUUGGCCGUAAUGUAUAAUUUCAAUGACUGGCGACCCCAUUAAAUUUUGGUAUCUCUUGAAAGGGUACAUCGUCCCCCGAUACACACUAUGCUAUGCUUUGUUGUGUACCAUGGGCAAUUUGGCUAGAAAAAUCUCGUAAUCAUGAAUAGUUAAUGAGGCAGUUUCAUUGGUUCGGCAAAGUACCUGAUGCUUUAUGGUUAAAAAAUAUUCUCGAGACUGCCGGAGUUGAACCUGGUCUGUCCGCCUUUUCAGUACAAUAAUAUUUGGCAGUAGUCAAGACCACAUGGCCACGGAGGCCACUGAUAUUGUAAAGUUCUUAAACAAUAUUUUAGUGUAACAUGAGAAAUCAUUGUGGUUGCCGAUGAUGCUGAUAAAUAUAAUGUAACAUAAAUUACCCAUUUUACUAUACAGAUAAAUUUAAUGCAGUUUGUAUUUGAUUUUUAUUAUAAUAACUGAAAUUGGAAGAGAAAUGACUGAUUUUCGAUCUUGCAGGGUUAAAACAGCAUGUUUGUCAAGACAUAUUUUUAUCAGUUCUUUCCUACACGUAAAAUUAUAUCAUAAUUUGUUGGGUUAAAGCCAUAAGGAACUAAAACCUUCUAUAUUUUAAUGUCUCUUGGUAUCUUCUGGCACUAACCCCACAAAUUAUUAUACCGAAAUAAUACAGGGACGACAGGCAUUGAAAUUUCACAUUAUUGCAGGGCCUAAAAAAAAAAUACAUUUGGUUCGGGUUACCAGACCCUACCUACGGAAUAGGCCCAGUCACUGAAAUUAGGCUUUUGGAUGAACACGCCAGAAUUCUUUUAUUAGUGUUGAGCAUCAAUUUCUUUUUUUAACAAGCCCCGAGUAAUAUGUACAAUUUAGAAUUUGAGGGAGCAUGGAAAGUCUUGUUGGUAGUCAUGUGCUAAUUUUGUCCACUGUAUUGUACACCAGGCUCCAAUAUCACGAAAAUACUCGAGUCAAAUCUCAAUCUCAGUCUUAUCUCUUUUUAUCCAAUUACAGCAUCAUAGGAUUCAAAAUUGUAAAUGUUUUACCAUUUUUCAAAUCACAUUCUCUCAUUCAUUAUGAUGAUUA